AUGGACCCGAACGUACCUUCUUCAGCAUUUCCAUCCGUUACAGCCUCAACUGAAGUCAAUAAAUUGAAGGAGGCAUUCCGAUUAUUCGAAAGCGAAGGUGUUGUAGAAGUAGAGGAUUUUGGAGUUAUUCUGCGACAUUUAGGGCUCAACCCAACUCAAAAACAAUUAGCAGCACUAAAAACCGAAAUGGCAGAACCCUUUGUCACUUUUGAAAAGUUUGAAGCUGUCAUGAGCAAAAUCAUUCUAACCUCAACCUAUGAUGGAGUGGCUAUGGUGGUAGACUCUGAAGAUCAACUUCUGAAGGCGUUCGAGACCUUAGAUCCAGAAAAAAAGGGAUACAUCCCUACAGACAAAAUGAUAAACUGGCUCAAAACACAUGGUGAGCCAAUGAAUGAUGAAGAAAUUAAUGAAUUCUUGAGAGUUGCCCAAGCAAAGGACGGGCCAAUCAUUCGUUAUGAAGAUUAUGUCAGUCUUUUGUGCGGAAGCAAGUAA